GACUUGGGACUGCCGAUCGCCCUGGCCACCGCCUUCAAUUCCAGACGUCGCUUCACGCUGCCUCCUUUGACUGCCCCCUGCAAAGACUCCCAUCACACUCUGCGCCGCUCCGUCUAUACUGCAUCAAACUCUGGUUGCGCCCAUCAAGACACAAGCAGCAAAAAAUGUCGUCCGCUGAGACUGGUCUCCCCGAGGGCUGGGAGGUGCGCCGCUCGAACACGAAGAACCUGCCAUACUACUUUCAUGCGCAAACCAAAGACUCGCGAUGGGAACCGCCCGCCGGCACCGAUCCGGAGAAGCUCAAGGCGUACAUGGCAGCCAACCACAGCUCCAAGGGUGUUGCGCCUGCUGCCUCUGCGCCGACCGAGGGCAAGAUUCGAUGUGCUCAUCUGCUUGUCAAGCACCGCGACAGCAGACGCCCUGCUAGUUGGCGAGAACCAAACAUCACGCGUUCAGUGGAGGAGGCUCGCGAGAUGAUCAAAAAGUACCACGAGCAGAUCAAGGCAUACGAGCAGGGCCAGAGUGAUGCAAACGCAAAAUCACUGUCUGAGCUGGCAACGACCGAGUCGGACUGCAGCAGCGCCCGCAAAGGAGGCGACCUUGGCUUUUUUGGCAAAGGCGACAUGCAGAAGGAGUUUGAGCAGGCAGCGUUUGCGCUUGAAAAGGGCCAGGUCAGCGACAUGGUGGAGACGGCAUCAGGAGUGCAUUUGAUCCAAAGGCUGGAAUAGUCGAGAUGCCGUGCCAAUGGCCUAGGAGAGAGGCGGCAAGCCCAAGCCGUCGAGAUUGCGUGCACUUGGACGUGGACUACUGGCAAAGCGCCGGGCAGGGUGAUGAGGGAUUUACUGGGGCGGAUGCCGGCUAUGCUAGAUAAAAGGGUGUCAAGCGUGGCCCAACGUCGCACAAAAGCGCUCAACACCAAACAAUGAUAACGAUGAAGUGCAAUG